GGGGCGGGCAGGGAGCGCAGGGAGCGGGGCCGGCACGGCCGCCAUGCGCCGCUGAGGGCGCCGGCCCGGCCUCGCCAUGGGGGCGCCGCCGCCCAACGGCAGCCUCGGCCUCACCGCCGGCACCCCGCGGCCCGCCGGGGCGCCGGGGCCCGGGGACCGCGGCUGCGAGAACGGCGCCCUCAUGGACAGAUUCGGUAUCUUCCUGCAGGGGCUCCUGGGCGUCGUGGCCUUCAGCACCCUCAUGCUAAAACGCUUUAGAGAACCAAAGCAUGAAAGACGUCCCUGGAGGAUAUGGUUUUUAGAUACUUCCAAGCAAGCCAUAGGGAUGUUGUUCAUCCACUUCGCAAAUGUCUAUUUAUCAGACCUUACAGAAGAAGACCCUUGUUCACUGUACCUCAUCAACUUCUUGCUGGAUGCCACCUUGGGAAUGCUGCUAAUCUACAUCGGGAUCCGCGCGGUCAGCAGCAUCGUGGAAUGGCAGCAGUGGGAGUCCCUGCGCUUUGGGGAAUAUGGUGACCCGCUGCAGUGCAGUGCUUGGAUGGGCCAAUGUGCCCUGUACAUAAUGAUUAUGACAUUUGAGAAAACCAUCAUCAUCAUAGUGCUGCUUAUACCUCAGUGGAAAGAGGUGGCUUUAUUGAAUCCCAUAGAGAACCCCCAGCUGGAGCUGGCAAUCGUCAUGCUGAUAGUUCCCUUCUUUGUUAACGCGUUAAUGUUCUGGGUAGUAGAUAAUUUCCUUAUGAAGAAAGGGAAGACAAAAGCUAAAAUUGAAGAAAAGGAAGCAGGACAAGAUUCAAGAAAUGGAAGUAAAGUCCGAUACCGGAGAGCAGCAUCACAUGAGGAGUCAGAGUCAGAAAUCCUCAUUUCAGCAGAUGAUGAGAUGGAGGAGUCGGACACUGAGGAGGACCUGUGCAGACUGACCACCCUAAAGCCCAUUAAGAAGAAGAAGCACCGCUUUGGUCUGCCCGCGAUGUCUCAAAGAGCCCCUGUGAAAAAGAAGCGUCCUCCAGUGAAGGAAGAAGACCUCAAAGGAGCCAGAGGAAACCUUGUCAAAAACCAGGAAAUUAAAUCCAAAACCUACCAAGUGAUGAGGCAGUGUGAACAAAUGGGCUCCGCAGCACCUUCAGUAUUCAGCCGGGCUCGGACAGGGGGUGAAACCGUCUUUGAGAAACCUAAGGAUGAGCCAGCCAAGAGCGUCUUUGGCUGAUGGUGGAGCUGGACAUGUCUCACCCAAAUGAUUGUUGUAACAUUUUUCAAAAUGUCUGUUCCUUACACUGAAGUCACUGUAGACUCAAGUAGCUAAUUUCCACUAUAAAUCCCUAAGAAGGAAAUAUACUCAUGUCAGAGUAAAACUUCCAUGUUCAUUUUUAUUACAUGCUGUCUUUCCAUGUAUUGGACAAUGUUUGCUAUAAUUGUUUAAUAAAAAAAGGUUGUUGGACUCAG